AUGGCAUCUGACGAUGAGGUAGACGGUUCUUUUGCAGGUGAUGAGGACGUGGAGGAAGGCGAGGGUCAAAAUGAAAAUUCUGGUGAGAGUGAUGAGGCUCCCCCAAAGGAAGAUGAUGAUUAUUCACCUGAAGAUAGUAGAAAAAAGAAAAAAGGUAAAAAGAGAAAGGCACGCGGUGAAGAGAAAAAGGGAAGAAAGAAAAAGAAGAAGAGGAAGAAUGAGAGUGAAGAUGAUGAUGAUUUCGGUUUGGAAAUCGAAGCAGAUGGUGACAGUGACUUUGCACUGAGUGCAGUUUCAAGCAAGAAAUCGCGUAAAGGCAGAGGGAGCAAGCACGGCACUCCGGCUACCCCAGUCGCGUCCGACUCAGGAUCUGGUAUGCCAACAGUAGAGGAGGUGUGCUCAUCUUUUGGGCUUGCAGAUGUUGAUAUCCAGUACACAGAUGCCGAUUUGGAAAACCUCACAUCAUAUAAACUGUUCCAGCAGCAUGUUCGUCCAUUGCUUGUCAAGGAAAAUCCUAAAGUUCCAAUUUCAAAACUAAUGAUGUUGGUAGCGGCUAAAUGGCGUUUGUUCUGCGAGACGAAUCCCAACCUCGGCGGCGGCACACAGAACAUAGGCUCCGAGGAGAACACGAACACAUCCACAGCGUCCGACUACGCGCCCAAGGCCAGGUCGGGCCGCUCUACCAAGGAGUCUAAAACUGAUGAAGCAGCCGAAGACCCCGAGGAAGAAGAAGAAGAGGAAGCCAGUGACGAAGGCACCCCAGCGCCACGCAAACGCGGCCGUAAACCGAAACAUGCUACCAGUACUACACCGCGAGGAAAGCCGGGCCGAAAGCCGAAAGUGCCAACGCUGAAAAUCAAAUUCAGCAAGCGGAAGCGCACCAGCAGCGAGGAAGAACAAGAGGGUAGCGCGGGCGCGAACUCAGAUUCGGACGCAGAGUUCGAACAAAUGUUAGCGGAAGCGGAAGAUCCGAAGCCGGCCGCUGCCACAGCAGCGGAAGAGAACGUUGCGCCGAAAGAGGACGAUCCGAACGCUCCGCAGCAACCGAAGAAGAAGGCCAAGACAAAGAUCGGCAAUAAGAGCAAGAAGAAGAAGAAAUUGAAAACCACUAGCAAGUUCCCUGACGGCGCUGAGGGUGAGCAGGAGCAUCAGGAUUAUUGCGAGGUGUGCCAACAAGGCGGCGAGAUAAUCUUGUGCGACACUUGUCCCCGCGCCUACCACUUGGUGUGCCUCGACCCUGAACUGGAGGAGACUCCCGAGGGGCGAUGGUCGUGCCCCCACUGCGAGGCCGAGCCCAAUCAGGAGCAGGACACGGACGACGAGCACCAGGAGUUCUGCAGGAUCUGUAAGGACGGCGGCGAGCUUCUCUGCUGCGACUCGUGUCCGUCGGCGUACCAUCGGUUCUGUCUGAACCCACCCCUAGACGAAGUGCCCGAUGGAGAGUGGAAAUGCCCGCGAUGCAGUUGUCCUCCGUUAGACGGCAAAGUUGCGAAGAUUCUCACGUGGCGAUGGAAGGAGCAGUCGUCGAAGUCUAAGGCGCCUCGCUCCAGGGAGUUCUUCGUCAAAUGGCACGAGCGAUCCUACUGGCACUGCAGCUGGAUCUCAGAGAUACAGCUGGACGUAUUCCAUCCGUUAAUGUACCGGUACUACAUGCGAAAAUCGGACCCCGAAGAACCUCCGAAGCUGGAAGAACCAUUAGACGAGCGGGAUGGCCGCGUCAAACGGCUAAAGGACAAGACACAGGACCAUGACCAAGACGAGAAGUUGCUAGAGGAGAAAUAUUACAGAUAUGGUGUGAAACCUGAAUGGCUAGUGGUUCACCGAGUUAUCAAUCAUCGCACUAGUCGUGAUGGUACAACGUAUUUCCUUGUAAAAUGGCGGGAUCUUUCCUACGAUCAAGCCACUUGGGAGUCGGAACACGAAGACAUCGCCGGUUUGAAAGCAGCAAUGGAUUAUUACCAGGACAUGCGAGCGUACAUCACUUCGGAAGGCAAAACCAAAGGCAGCAAGGGCAAGAAAGUCGGACGCAAGAGUAAGAACAAAGAUGUUAUAGACGACGACGAAAGCAGCAGUGGCUUGCAAAUGAAACCGAGGAAGUAUAAUCCUCCACCUGACAGACCGACAACUAAUCUCAACAAGAAAUACGAGGACCAACCGCCUUUCGUCUAUGAAACCGGAAUGCAGCUACAUCCUUACCAAUUGGAAGGUCUCAACUGGCUCAGGUAUUCCUGGGGUCAAGGCAUCGACACCAUUCUAGCCGAUGAGAUGGGUCUCGGCAAAACUAUACAGACUGUCACAUUCCUGUAUUCACUAUUCAAAGAGGGACAUUGCAAGGGACCUUUCUUAGUCUCCGUGCCACUCUCUACCAUCAUCAAUUGGGAGAGAGAAUUUGAAUUAUGGGCACCAGAUUUGUAUUGCAUCACAUACGUCGGCGAUAAAGAUUCCAGGGCUGUUAUCAGAGAAAACGAGCUGACGUUCGAUGACGGAGCCAAUAGAGGCGGACGGCCAUCCAAAAUAAAAUCCCAAGUUAAAUUUAAUGUUUUACUGACGUCAUACGAAUUGAUCUCGAUCGACUCGACGUGCCUCGGUUCAAUCGAUUGGGCCGUUCUCGUAGUAGACGAAGCGCAUAGAUUGAAGAGUAAUCAGUCGAAGUUCUUUAGGCUCCUCGCUGGCUAUCAUAUCAACUACAAGUUACUUUUGACCGGUACGCCGCUACAGAAUAAUCUAGAGGAGUUGUUCCAUCUAUUGAACUUCUUGAAUAAAGAUAAGUUCAACGAUCUGGCCGCUUUCCAGAAUGAAUUCGCCGAUGUCUCGAAAGAGGAACAAGUCAAGAGGUUACAUGAGAUGUUGGGACCGCACAUGCUGCGGCGACUUAAAGCUGACGUCCUUAAAAAUAUGCCAACGAAAUCUGAAUUUAUUGUUCGUGUAGAGCUGUCGCCAAUGCAAAAGAAAUACUACAAAUAUAUCUUGACGAGGAACUACGAGGCUUUGAAUCCCAAGGGUGGUGGUCAGACCGUAUCGCUUCUCAAUGUGAUGAUGGACUUAAAGAAGUGUUGUAACCAUCCCUACCUCUUCCCAGUAGCGGCAGAGGAAGCGCCAUUAGGCCCUCAUGGCAACUAUGACACGCAAGCUCUGAUCAAGGCGUCUGGUAAGCUUGUCCUGUUAUCUAAAAUGUUGAAGCUACUGAAAGAACAGGGACACAGAGUGCUGAUAUUCUCGCAAAUGACAAAAAUGUUAGAUAUCCUCGAAGAUUUCUUGGAAGGUGAAGGCUAUAAAUAUGAAAGAAUUGAUGGUGGUAUUACAGGCACGAUUCGUCAAGAGGCUAUUGAUAGGUUUAACGCACCAGGUGCACAGCAGUUCGUGUUCCUUCUGUCUACCAGGGCGGGAGGUUUAGGUAUUAAUUUGGCUACGGCCGACACUGUAAUUAUCUAUGAUUCUGAUUGGAAUCCACACAAUGACAUCCAAGCUUUCUCUCGUGCCCAUCGUAUUGGUCAAGCCAACAAAGUGAUGAUUUAUCGAUUCGUCACCAGAAAUAGUGUAGAGGAAAGGGUCACACAAGUAGCAAAAAGAAAGAUGAUGUUGACACAUUUAGUGGUGCGGCCGGGUAUGGGCGGCAAAGGGGCCAACUUCACAAAACAAGAAUUGGAUGACAUUCUGAGAUUUGGUACUGAAGAAUUGUUCAAAGAGGAGGAAGGCAAGGAAGAAGCUAUUCACUACGACGAGAAAGCUGUUUCCGAUCUGCUCGAUCGAUCUAAGGAGGGUAUAGAACAGAAAGAAUCUUGGGCCAACGAAUAUCUUAGUUCCUUUAAAGUCGCUAACUACUCCACGAAAGAAGGGGAUGGGGAAGAGGAGGUCGAUACGGAAAUCAUUAAACAGGAAGCAGAAAACACUGAUCCCGCAUACUGGAUCAAACUGCUCAGGCAUCACUACGAACAGCACCAAGAAGAUCAGGCGCGGACGCUCGGCAAAGGCAAACGUGUACGCAAACAGGUCAACUACAACGACGGCAGUGUCGCGCAAACAGAAAACAGAGAGGACACGACGUGGCAGGAGAACGGCUCUGAUUACAACUCGGACUUCUCGCAAGGCAGUGAAGACGACAAGGAGGACGACGACUUCGACGAGAAGAAUGAUAAUGGCGAUCUACUCAGUCGCCGGAGCAAGAGACGAUUGGAGAGGCGCGAAGAACGCGACAGGCCUCUGCCGCCGCUAUUGGCGAGAGUCGGCGGCAACAUGGAAGUGCUCGGUUUCAACGCGAGACAGAGAAAGUCGUUCCUCAACGCAAUAAUGCGAUACGGAAUGCCGCCGCAGGACGCGUUCAACUCGCAAUGGCUAGUCAGAGACUUGCGGGGCAAAUCCGAGAGGAACUUCAAAGCGUACGUGUCGUUGUUCAUGCGACAUCUCUGCGAGCCCGGAGCUGAUAACGCCGAAACGUUCGCUGACGGUGUCCCUCGAGAAGGCCUGUCUCGGCAGCACGUGUUAACGAGGAUCGGUGUUAUGAGUCUCAUCAGGAAGAAGGUGCAGGAGUUUGAACACAUUAACGGAUAUUACAGUAUGCCUGAGUUGGUUAGGAAACCAGUGGAGCCCGUGAAACCGGCGGCAGGAGAAAGUGCCGCUCCGAGUCCGGCACCUUCUACCGCCACGCCGAUAACUUCGGCCGCCCCUUCGCCGGCCCCCACCCAAGUGACACAAGCUUCCGGUCAAGCUCCAACGCCCAGUGGCUCCGAUAAAGACGACAAGGAAGAAGUUAAAGAAGAAAAACCUGACGUAAAGGAAGUGAAAGAUGAGCCGAUGGAUACCAGUGAUAUCAAAGAAGAGAAGGUCGAGGAAAAAGAGGCACCCAAAGAGGUGAAGGAGGAAGUGAAAGAAGCAGAAAGACGCAUGUCCGUUGAUGAGGAGCCGCCUAAGGAAGAAGAGGAGAAGAAGCCUGAGGAGAAGAAGCCAGAAGAAAAGGAGACGGUUAAAGUAAAGGAGGACGUUAAAGAAGAAGCGGAUAAAAAGGAAGACGUCAAGAGUGAGAAGGCUGAAUCUGAAGCGUCCGAGAAACCUAAGGAUGAAAAGAAGGAGGAAGACGACGAUGACGUUGUCCUCGUAAAAGAGGAAGAAGAUCUCAAAGUGGAGCGGCGCAAGUUCAUGUUCAACAUCGCCGACGGCGGGUUCACUGAACUCCAUACGUUAUGGCUCAACGAGGAAAGAGCCGCGGCCCCUGGUAGAGAAUACGAGAUCUGGCAUAGACGGCACGAUUAUUGGCUAUUGGCCGGCAUCGUCACGCAUGGCUACGGCCGCUGGCAAGACAUACAGAAUGAUCUGCGAUUCGCCAUCAUCAACGAGCCCUUCAAGAUGGACGUCGGCAAAGGCAAUUUCCUUGAGAUCAAAAACAAGUUCCUGGCCAGGCGGUUCAAGUUGCUGGAGCAAGCGCUAGUGAUCGAGGAGCAGCUCCGUCGCGCCGCGUACCUGAACCUGACGCAGGAUCCCAACCACCCCGCCAUGUCGCUGAACGCGCGCUUCGCCGAGGUGGAGUGCCUCGCCGAGUCGCACCAGCACCUCAGCAAGGAGUCGCUGGCGGGGAACAAGCCUGCCAACGCGGUGCUGCACAAGGUGUUGAACCAACUGGAGGAGCUGUUGUCCGACAUGAAAUCGGACGUUUCCCGUCUGCCGGCGACUUUGGCGCGCAUUCCGCCCGUCGCUCAACGGUUGCAGAUGUCAGAGCGAUCCAUCCUGUCGCGACUGGCGGCCACCGCCGGCAACCCUGUGCCCGCAGCUCAAAUGGCGGCAUUCCCCGGCGGGUUUUCUGCGGGCGGUUCGUUGCCGGGCUUCUCGCCGGCCGCCGCCGCCGCCGCAAACUUUUCCAACUUCAGGCCGCAGUACUCCGUGCCCGGCCAGCCCGCAUCCACCGGAUCUUCUGGGCUAGGUUCUUAUAGACAUUAUGGACCAACUUCAGGCCGUAGUACUCCGUGCCCGGACAGCCCGCAUCCACCGGAUCUUCUAAUCUAUAGCGGGCCACGAUUUGAGUUCCCUCAGAAUUAGUAAAUCAAGUAAAAAUAUAGCUCAGUAAUUAAUGCCCCUCACGCAACUUGCAGCGCUAGAGCAAUAAAUCAUAAGCCUGCGUCUUAUACAUUAUACUACUUACAAGUUGACACCUACAGUGAGGAUAAAUGGUCACAUAGAUAA